AUGGACGGCGAAAAGACAAUCCAAGAGGGCGAGGGCUACACCCCAGACAACCGGCAUAUGUCUGUUCACGAGGUUCCUCUUGAUGCAGUCCCUAAGACACGAUGGGAAAGGAGCUGGCCCACCAUCGCCUGUGGUGCAGGAUUGUUCUCCGAUGGAUAUCUGAAUGGCGUCAUCGGAUCAGUCAACACCAUGCUUAAAUUAAUCUACAAGGACGAAUACACCAAGUCAAGCGCCCAAAGCAAUGUGUCUUCUAUCGCUUUCGCCGGGACUGUUCUUGGACAGCUGGUAUUUGGAUAUCUGUCCGAUCAUUGGUCCCGGCGCCAUUCGCUCCUCAUUUCAACCAUUAUUCUCAUCGUCUUUGCCGCCCUCGGUGCAGGUUCCUACGGGGCCGGCGGCAGCGUCCAAGGUCUCUUCGCUGCGUUAACUGCGUAUCGGUUCAUCCUGGGUAUCGGAAUUGGGGGUGAGUAUCCGGCAGGGUCUGUGGCGUGCGCCGAAUCCACCGGAGAACUCAAGCGUGGCCACCGUAACCGCUGGUUCAUUUGCUUCACCAACCUAUCCAUUGACGUCGGAUUUGUGGUCGCUGCCAUUGUCCCAAUGAUUCUGAUGUUGAUCUUCACCGAACAUCACAUGAGGGCCGCUUGGCGUGUGGCCUUGGGAUUGGGCGUCAUCCCGCCGCUUUCGUUGCUGUACCUCCGGAUCAAGCUGCAAGAACCAGAGGAGUAUCACCGAAAUAAGAUGAACCAUUAUCCAUACUGGAUGAUCCUGAAGUUCUACUGGUGGAGGCUCAUUAUCGUGUCAUUGAUCUGGUUCAUCUACGACUUUUCCACCUAUUCUUUCGGCAUCUACUCCUCAUCCUGGCUGGCUUUCCUCCUCCCAUCGGACGCCCCCUUGUGGAAGACCUUCGGCUGGAACACUGUCAUCAACCUGUUUUAUGUUCCUGGCGCCGUGAUAGGCGCGUUCCUAUCGGACUGGAUCGGUCCUAAAUAUUGCCUGAUCCUCGGUGUCACGCUACAAGGGAUCAUUGGCUUCAUCAUGACCGCUAUCUACAAGCACCUGGACCAACCUUCUCAGGUCGGCGGCUUCGUCGUCAUCUAUGGUAUUUUCCUGGCCUUGGGCGAAAUCGGUCCCGGGGACAACAUUGGUCUCGUGGCGUCCAAGACAUCUGCCACGUCUGUUCGAGGCAUGUACUACGGCAUUGCGGCAGCUUGUGGAAAGAUUGGCGCAUUUGUUGGCAACUAUGUCUUCCCAGAGAUCAUCAAAGCCGGUGGCGACGACGUGAUCAAGCAAGGACAAUAUCCAUUCUAUGUCUCCAGUUCCUUGUGCAUCUUUAGUGGACUGGUCGCUUUUUUCUGUCUUCCAUACAUCGGUCAAGACACCAUUACCGACGAAGAUGAGAGGUUUAGACUUUAUCUGGUGGAGCAUGGCUACGACGUGUCUACUCUGGGUACGAAGAAAUAUCACGAGGAGAAGAACGUGGCAGGCCCAGGAGUUGAGCCUACACUCGUGGGAUUCGAAACAGGCAAGGAGGCUGAAGCAGGUUCCCGUGUAUGA